GGCAGUGAGAGAUUUUACUUUCUUGGGCUCCAUGAUCACUGCAGAUGGUGACAGCAGUCACGAAAUUAAAAGACGCCUGCUUCUUGGGAGAAAAGCAAUGACAAACCUAGACAGCCUCUUAAAAAGCAGAGACAUCGCCUUGCUGACAAAGGUCCGUAUAGUUAAAGCUAUGGUUUUCCCAGUAGUGAUGUAUGGAAGUGAGAGCUGGACCAUGAAGAAGGCUAAUUGCCGAAGAAUUGAUGCUUUUGAAUUAUGGUGCUGGAGGAGACUCUUGAGAGUCCCGUGGACUGCAAGAAGAUCAAACCUAUCCAUUCUGAAGGAAAUCAGCCCUGAGUGCUCACAGGAAGGACAGAUCCUGAAGCUGAGGCUCCAGUACUUUGGCUACCUCAUGAGAAGACUCCCUGGAAAAGACCCUGAUGUUGGGAAAGAUUGAGGGCACAAGGAGAAGGGGACGACAGAGGACGAGAUGGUUGGACAGUGUUCUCAAAGCCACCAACAUGAGUUUGACCAAGCUGCGGGAGGCAGUGGAAGACAGGAGUGCCUGGCGUGCUCUGGUCCAUGGGGUCAUGAAGAGUUGGACACGACUAAACGACUAAACAACAACAACAGUGCCAUCCAGUGAAACUGAUUUUUUUUCAGAUUCAGACAGACAAAAGAAAAUACUGUACUUUUUUACAUGGUGCAGAGUUAAACUCUGGAAUUUGCUACCAGAAGAUGUAGUGAUAGCCAGGGGAAAUAGAGAAAUUCAUGGAGGUUAAGGCUACUAGUUAUGAUAGCUAUAUACUACUUCAAGGACUGGAGGUCUCUGAAUAUCUAAUGCAGGGGGGAAACAGCGUUUUGUCCUUGUGUUCAGCUUCCCAGGAGCAUCUGGCUUGCUACUGUGGGGAACAAGAUGUUCGGCUAGAUCUUUCACUAUUGAGGUUCAUCAAUGCAGAGCUUACAAGGGGUUACUUCCUGGAACAUAAUGAAGCGAAGUACACAGAAAGGAGAGAGCGAGUGUACACGUGCAUGCGAAUACCAAGAGAGUUGGAAAAGUUGAUGAUUUUUGGGAUUUUUUUGUGCCUGGAUGCUUUUCUCUAUGUGUUCACACUCCUCCCAUUGAGAGUUUUUCUGGCAAUGUUCAGGUUCAUCACAUUACCUUGUUAUGGCUUGCGCUCUCACCGAGGCCUAAGGAUGAGUGAUAGACGCUUGCUCCAGCCCGCUCAGGUGUGUGAUGUUUUCAAAGGAGUUAUAUUGCUAAUCUGCUACUUCAUGAUGCACUAUGUUGACUAUUCCAUGAUGUACCACCUGAUCAGAGGACAGUCUGUCAUUAAACUCUACAUCAUCUAUAAUAUGCUUGAGGUAGCUGACCGUUUGUUUUCAUCUUUUGGUCAAGAUAUUUUGGAUGCUCUUUAUUGGACAGCUACAGAACCAAAGGAGAGAAAAAGGGCACACAUAGGUGUGAUUCCCCAUUUUUUCAUGGCGGUGCUGUAUGUCUUCUUGCAUGCUAUCCUGAUAAUGGUCCAAGCAACGACACUCAAUGUAGCCUUCAACUCGCAUAACAAGUCACUUCUUACUAUCAUGAUGUCUAACAAUUUUGUUGAAAUUAAAGGAAGCGUUUUCAAGAAGUUUGAAAAGAAUAAUCUGUUUCAGAUGUCAAACAGUGAUAUAAAGGAGAGAUUCACCAACUAUGUGCUGUUACUGAUUGUUUGUCUAAGAAACAUGGAACAGUUUUCAUGGAAUCCAGAUCAUCUUUGGGUGUUGUUUCCAGAUGUUUGUAUGGUGAUUGCAUCAGAAAUUGCAGUAGAUAUUGUAAAACAUGCUUUUAUAACAAAAUUCAAUGACAUCACAGCUGAUGUCUACAGUGAAUACAGAGCCAGUCUUGCAUUUGACCUUGUUAGCAGUCGACAGAAAAAUGCAUACACAGAUUACAGCGACUCUGUUUCCAGAAGAAUGGGCUUUAUUCCCCUCCCAUUGGCUGUUCUACUCAUCAGAGUUGUUACAAGUUCAGUAAAAGUUCAAGGAGUCUUGGCUUAUGCUUGUGUUGUUCUCUUCUACUGUGGGUUGAUAUCACUCAAAGUACUUAAUAGCAUUGUGCUCUUGGGAAAGUCAUGCCAGUAUGUCAAAGAAGCCAACAUGGAAGAGAAGUUGUUCAACCCACCUCCUGCCAGCACCCCAGGCAAACCACUAGGCAAAUCACAAAGCAAGUACAAGCCCACUCAAGAUGAAAACCUGUCUGCUUCCGUGACCAGUCAGCCUGUACACCAGAAGGAAAAUGCAGCGCCGCAACUUGUGACGAGCAACUCGGAUCAGUUCCUGACAACUCCUGAUGGAGAUGAGAAAGAUAUAGGCCAGGACAAUUCCGAGUCAAAACACAGAUCUGCAAAGAAAGAUUUGUUGGAGAUAGACAGGUUUACAAUUUGUGGAAACAGAAUUGACUAAACUUUUGUAAAUAAAAUGUGCUUAGUAUACUGAGCUGUUGGGACAGCAGGCGCUGCCACGAUGGAUGGGUGCCAAACAGGCACUUAAAAAUAUUUAUUUAAAAACUUAAAUUAUUAAUGGCAGACCUAUUACAGUGAAUAACUUGGCUUGAUAACCAAUCAAGCUUCACAUCAUUAACUUGGUUGUUUUGGGAAAUGUGAGUUUUGAGAGAGCUUCCGCUUGGCAGAGCUACGGCAUCGCUUUCCUGAAAAAUAACGUGUGAAAUACAUUUAAAUCCAUUUUUACGAAACAGUGCUUCCAGAAUGCAUCACUAUUCAUAAAGCCCCUUAAUUAGAAGGAUAACAUUGGAAACGUGUUUGCGUCUUUUAACAACAAGCAUCCCUUUCUGCUUUUUUUCAUAAGCCGCUACAAAACAUUUCAAAAUUCUUCAGCUGCCAAAAGACUUUUUCAAACUUUUAGUAGAAUACAUAAUCAAGAUAUUCCUGCUAUGAGAGGAUUGUUCAAAAUGUAUUUCAUCACCCUUAAAGGAUAUAUUUACUGCAUCAUAUUUUUGUCUAAAUGUUAAGCCAGUAGCCAGAAAUUGACCAACAACAUGGAAUAGUGGAAUGUGUGAUAACUGGGCAAGAACAGCCUUUUCUUCCUUUCUGUUUAAUUUGCACUGUUUUAAACAUGAAAAGCUUGAGUUUGUAAAUGUUAAAAGUGUACAAGCUUGAGAGAGGAAGGGUGAAAUCAACAUGUGGGUUUGCACUUGGCACUUAAAGAUGUUUCACUUGCAACUGUGAGCCCUUGCGUUGAAAUAGACAAGAUAAGUUACUUGCACAUGGUAAUGUGUCAAUCAGCUAAGACCCAUUUCUUUGACUUUGCUGGAAAAGCUGCACAUGGCCAAAAAUGGAGACAGCCCCAAAUAGGUGGUUUUAGUUUUAGACUUUAAGUAGAAUGAAUGUUGCUUUAGAAGUACUUGGGCUUUGAAGUAUUAAGCUGUUUUACUUGGGGUGCAUAGGGCUUGGGAAACAGGCAAAGAGGAACUCCAGAAGGGUUGAAUCUGGAAUAACAGACAUUUCAGCUCAGCAUAGUGAGAAAGCCUGUUGCACUCAAGGUGCUUUCUUGCUACCUGAUCAGCAAAUGUCUAAGAAACACAAUGCAAUAUUUAAAACUUUUUAAAUAUGAGAAUUUUUUGUGCUGAUUAGAUCUUUGUUGGUUCAUUUAUUAGCUAUUACAAAGUGGCCCGGGAAAAAAUGAUAAGUUACACUAAAUUUUAAAAUUCAAAAUACACAUUUAUUCCUCCAAAGCUACAGAUGCUGUUGCUAAAAUAAAAUCAGUGUACAGAAAUUAAAUCCAGAUUAAAGAGGCUUCAGUGAAUGCUACAAAGGUGGAAAUAUAUAGGCUGUUCUGAAGGAGCCAUUUCCCAGCCCACACCCCUUUUGUCAAGCCUAUUUUCUCACUUCUGCUUGAAGUGGCCAAAGUUAAGAAUACUGUGGGAAUAGGAAUUUUAAAACUAAGCUAGAAAUAUACAGAAAUGAUUGUUUCAGAUGUGUUCAUUUUGACAAAUUUUGAUUCAUUAACAUUUAAUUCAGAAUAUUUGUGAAUUUGUUGUAAUUUAAUUUUUAUUUAAUU